CCGCGCGCCAGACGGCUCAGACUCUGAACCUGGCCGUUCAACACAGGAACAGGGAGCAACCAAACCAAGAGCAAUGGAGGCGGCGGGGAAGAGCGUGUGCGUGACCGGCGCGGGCGGCUUCAUCGCGUCGUGGCUCGUCAAGCUCCUCCUCUCCCGGGGCCACUACGCGGUGCGCGGAACCGUGCGCGACCCUGGUGCUAGCAAGAAUGCUCAUCUCAAGGCGCUGGAAGGUGCUGGGGAAAGGUUGAAGCUUCUCAAAGCUGAUUUGUUGGACUACAACAGCGUUGCAUCAGCAGUUGCCGGUUGUGAGGGUGUCUUCCAUGUAGCUAGCCCUGUCCCCUCUGGUCGAUCCUCCAACCCUGAGGUGGAGGUCAUAGGUCCUGCUGUAACAGGCACUACCAAUGUGUUAAAGGCUUGCUAUGAGGCGAAAGUAAGGCGAGUUGUGGUGGUGUCAUCAGUUGCAGCUGUGCUCAGUAAUCCUAACUGGCCUAAGGGCAAGCCCUUCGAUGAAAACUGCUGGUCAGAUGAGGAGUACUGCAGGAAGAAUGAGGACUGGUAUUACCUUUCCAAAACUCGAGCAGAACGUGAGGCUUUUGCUUAUGCAGCAAAAACGGGGCUGGAUGUUGUAACUAUCUGCCCGUCAUUGGUAUUUGGACCAUUAAUGCAGCCUACAGUAAAUUCGAGCAGUAAACUCCUCUUUAAUUAUUUUAAAGGAGAUCGUGAGACUGUUGAAAAUAGACUCAGAAAUAUUGUGGAUGUUCGGGAUGUUGCUGAUGCUCUUUUUAUGGCAUACGAAAAACCAGAGGCAUCUGGACGAUACAUCUGCAAUUCACCUCCGAUAAAAGUUUCUGAUAUGAUAAACAUAUUGAAGAAUUUAUACCCAACUUACCGUUAUCCCAAAAACUUUGAGGAAGUGGAAGAGAGCUCAGUAUACAGUUUUGAGAAACUUCAGAAGCUAGGAUGGACCUUCAGGCCUGUAGAGGAAACCCUCCGUGACAGCGUCGAAUCCUACAAAGCAUUUGGCUUUCUGAACUGAGCAUCCAACUCGCUCUGAAUUGAGCUUCCAACUGGAUUGGUUAGUCUGCUGUUACCACCGAACUCCUGCAAAUCAAUCUAAACAAUGGAAAAGCAGCUCCAACACCCCGAUCCCUCUCUGAUUCAUGUAAGCUGUGAAACAGGACGUGUUGGCCGUAACGGAUUGAAUAAAGGAAUCACGAGGGAACAAGAGGUUCAGCACUGUAUUUUUUCAGCCUGUUUCAUAUCUGGAUGUUCUGGACCAAGUUCGUAGGCGUGGUGUUGAUGACUUUAUGGUUUGGGACGCGUUAUACUUUCUAUAAGCAUAGGCACCAAGAUUGAGGAUUUUUUUUUAAUGCAAAACUCGUGAGAUUUAUAACUGUUUAUUUA